ACCACAACUCAAAACUGUGUUUGGUACAAAGUGAGGACAAAAUGGAAUGAUGAUCCAUAAAUGGUCUACUUCUGUCUCCCAUCUGGGGUUUCCCUUUAACUUCCUUUCAUAUUUCACUCUCUUUAUCCUCAAUAUUUCUUUCACUCACAAGCAUAUUUAGCCAUAUACCAAAAUUCAAAAAAAAAAAAAAAAAAAAAAAUCCCAACUUGAAAUUCACAAUCUUUAGUGAUCCAAUAAUGGGAAUUCUACAUUUUGUGCUUGGAGCUUCUGCAACUGCGUGGUUGUGAGGGAAAUUCAUUUGCUUUUAAAGAAGACAAGAACAAGGGUAAACGACAACGUUGCACAACAAAACAAGCAAUCUUCACCGGUUUUGGAGUAAUGAUGGCGGUGAGUUCGGGUUGCAAAGGGGACUCAAUGGGGAUGGAUAACGGCAAGUAUGUUCGGUACACGCCAGAACAAGUUGAAGCCUUAGAAAGAUUGUACCAUGAUUGCCCAAAACCAAGCUCACUUCGUAGACAACAACUCAUUCGUGAGUGCCCCAUCCUUUCAAACAUUGAGCCCAAACAGAUCAAAGUUUGGUUUCAGAAUCGAAGAUGUAGGGAAAAGCAAAGAAAAGAGGCAUCAAGGCUGCAAGCCGUGAAUAGGAAGUUAUCCGCUAUGAAUAAGUUGUUAAUGGAGGAAAACGAUCGGUUGCAGAAGCAAGUUUCUAACUUGGUGUACGAAAACGGCUACUUUCGCCAGCAGACUCAAAACAUGGCGCUUGUCACGACAGACACGAGUUGCGAGUCUGUGGUGACGAGCGGUCAACACCACUUGAGCCCUCAACAUCCACCAAGGGAUGCUAGUCCUGCAGGGCUUUUGUCCAUUGCAGAGGAGACUUUAACAGAGUUUUUAUCAAAGGCUACUGGGACUGCUGUGGAGUGGGUCCAAAUGCCUGGGAUGAAGCCUGGUCCGGAUUCCAUUGGAAUCAUUGCUAUUUCUCAUGGUUGCACCGGUGUUGCAUCACGUGCAUGUGGUCUUGUCGGUCUCGAGCCUACAAGAGUUGUUGAAAUCCUUAAAGAUCGGCCUUCAUGGUUUCGUGAUUGCCGAGCUGUAGAUGUCCUCAAUGUGCUCACAACCGGAAAUAAUGGAACGAUCGAGCUGCUUUACAUGCAGCUUUAUGCACCAACUACUUUAGCACCAGCGCGCGAUUUUUGGUUACUGCGUUAUACGUCUGCUUUGGAGGACGGUAGCCUAGUGGUAUGUGAAAGAUCACUUAACAACACUCAAAAUGGCCCUACUAUGCCACCCGUGCCUCAUUUCGUUAGAGCCAAAAUUCUGCCGAGUGGGUACCUCAUACGACCCUGCGAUGGUGGCGGCUCGAUUAUUCACAUAGUUGACCAUGUUGACUUUGAGUCGAUAAGCGUUCCAGAAGUUUUACGCCCUCUAUACGAGUCAUCAACGUUACUUGCUCAAAGAACGACACUUGCAGCUUUUCGCCAGUUGAGGCAAAUUUCACAAGAGAUUUCUCAACCGAUGGUCACUAGUUGGGGACGACGACCAGCUGCUCUUCGUGCACUAGGCCAAAGAAUGAGCAGAGGUUUUAAUGAAGCAAUUAACGGUUUUAGCGAUGAGGGUUGGACUAUGAUGGAAAGCGAUGGAGUUGAUGACGUCACCGUUCUCGUAAACUCGUCUCCCGAUAAGGUGAUGGGCGCAACUCCAUUGUAUGCUGAUGGAUUUCCGUCAAUCAGCAAUGCGGUUUUAUGCGCCAAAGCUUCAAUGCUCUUACAAAAUGUGCCGCCUGCGAUACUAACAAGAUUCUUGAGAGAACACCGGUCGGAAUGGGCGGAUAGCAGUAUCGAUGGUUACUCGGCUGCAUCGGUUAAAGGUGGUCCAUGUGGUUUGCCGCUAGCUAGAAGUGGCGGCUUUGGCGGUCAGGUUAUCCUUCCACUAGCUCAUACAAUCGAGCACGAAGAGUUUAUGGAGGUUAUUAAGCUUGAAAACAUAUCUCAUUAUCGGGCCGAAGACAUGCUCAUGCCCGGAGAUAUUUUCUUUUUGCAACUUUGUAGCGGAGUUGAUGAAAACGCGAUCGGCACUUCCGCUGAACUUAUUUUUGCUCCGAUCGACGCCUCUUUCACCGAUGAUGCUCCGCUCCUACCUUCCGGUUUUCGCAUAAUCCCGAUCAAUAAUAAUUCUCAGAACCCGACACGUGAUCUUGCAUCAACUCUCGAGGUGGGCCCACCGGGGAAACGAACACCAGCGGAUUACCUCGGUCAAAGUGGGCCCACAAAAUCCGUUAUGACAAUAGCUUUUCAAUUUGCUUUUGAAAUACAUCUUCAAGAAAGCAUAGCAGCCAUGGCUAGACAGUAUGUGCGUAACAUCAUAUCAUCUGUUCAACGAGUUGCAUUAGCACUCUCACCGUCCCCGUUUGGCCCACGAAGCCUGCAAGCCCCAUCUGGUACCCCUGAAGCCCAAAUGUUAGCCCGUUGGAUCUGUCAAAGCUUUCGUUGCUUUCUUGGUGAAGAUCUUUUCAAAACCGUUGAUGAACGUAAUGAUUCGCUGCUUAAAACACUUUGGCAUCAUUCGGAUGCCAUAAUGUGUUGUUCUUUAAAGGCGUUGCCGGAUUUCACCUUUGCGAAUCAAGCGGGGUUAGAUAUGCUUGAAACGACAUUAGUUUCACUUCAAGACAUUACUCUCGACAAGAUCUUUGAUCGAGGUGGAAGAACGAGUGUUUGCUCUGAACUCCCACAGAUUCUACAACAGGGUUUUGCUUGUCUUCCUGGUGGCGUGUGCUUGACGAGCAUGGGGAGACCUGUUUCAUACGAAAGAGCGGUAGCUUGGAAGGUGUUGAACGAUGAAGAGAGUCCUCACUGCAUAGCGUUUGUGUUCGUGAAUUGGUCGUUUGUUUGAAUCUUUGAAAGUCAAAAGAGAAACUUGUUAUGCUUAGAAAGACUAGCUUUAGAAAGCUAAACAUGUUGCAUACGAUAGGUAUAUUUAAAAGGCUAUGGCUUUCUAUUGGUUUUAAGAUACAUGUGCUUGUUACUCCAACUUAAAGAUUAUUGAAUGAAGUUUUAGGGUUUAGUUCA